AUGAAUAUGUAUGAGAAAUAUGAAAAUAUUCUUCUAAAUUGGUUAGAUGAAGACAUAAUAGAGGAAGUUCCUACCAACGAAAUGAACUCUUAUGGUAAUUAUUUACCUCACCGUGCAGUGAUAAAACUAAGCAGCAGCACUACUCCAAUUCGUCCGGUGUUUGACGCUUCAGCGAGAUUAGCAAAUUAUCCAUCUUUGAAUCAGUGCUUGGAAUGUGGUCCUAAUCUCAUUGAGCUUAUUCCAAAUAUUCUUCUUCGAUUCAGAGAGGGACAGCUUGGCGUUAUAGCUGACAUCAGGAAAGCUUUUCUGCAAAUUAGUAUUCGUAAAGAGGAUAGAGACUUCCUUCGGUUUUUGUGGUGGGAAAAUAGAGAAGAAAAGAAAUUGAGAGUUUUUCGUCACACAAGAGUUGUUUUUGGGAAAAGACUUUUGGAGAGUUUCUACAGUGAUAAUGUCGUUACUAGUGUCGACAGUAAAGACCAUUUAGAUCGAUUCAUUGACAAUUCUAAAACCUUGAUGGCAAAAGGUGGUUUUGAUCUUAGAGAAUGGGAAUGGUCUGGCGACUGUGAAACUAAUUCAAAGGAAGAAACUCAGGUAUUAGGUCUUAUUUGGAAUAAGAAAUUAGACACUUUGAAAAUUAACAUGAAAUGGCUGGAUGACAUUAAUGUGGAAAAAGUAACUAAAAAGAGUAUGUUAUCUACAGUACAUAAAGUAUUUGAUCCUUUUGGAUUCACUGCACCAGUGAUGCUCUGUCCAAAAAUAAUGCUACAAAAGGCAUGGACAUUAGGUACAAGUUGGGAUGAAGAAGUAACUGGUGAGCUUCGUAAAGAAUUUCUACAGUGGUUUCAAGAACUUAAGCAUUUGUCUGACAUACAGAUUCCUAGGUGUGUUCAAGCAUCUUCAAAAGAUAUAAGCAACUGCACUAUUCAUACGUUUGUUGAUGGAAGCAAAGAUGCAUAUGCUGCUGUUACAUUCCUUAGAAUAGAAAAUAAUGGUCGAAUCGAGCUAUUUCUACUUGCAGCGAAAUCUCGAGUGGCUCCUUUAAGAGGCACAACUAUCCCAAGAAUGGAACUUCUUGCGGCGGUGAUUGGAGCGAGGCUAGCGAAUUCAGUUGUUGAAGCUCUUGGUUGGAAAAAUGUUACGAUAUAUUACUGGAGUGAUUCUACAACAGUGCUUGCAUGGAUAUUACGAGAAGAAAAUUGGUUUGUCUUCGUUAGGAACAGAGUCCAAGAGAUAAGGAAGUUGAGUAAUCCUACAUCAUGGAGACAAAUACCUGGUGAUAAGAAUCCGGCAGAUUUACCUUCCAGGGGCUGCAAGGCAAAACAUCUAGUCUCCCUAAGAUGGUGGGAGGGUCCACAAUGGAUGAAAAAUGCUUUUGAAUUUCAAAACAUUAUGGGUUCCACCAACCAUGAUUGGAAUGAAGAAGAGAUUAGAAAGGAAAAGUCUAAGACGACUUUUAUAUUAUCAAAUAAUGAAGCCUGUGGUGUUGCAAACUGGUACUACAGAUAUUUUUCGAACUAUGAUAGAAUAGUUCGUCUUGUUGCAUGGAUCCUCCGCUUCAUGAACAACUGCAAAAAUAUAACUGAGAAGAAGCAUGGACAGAAGACGGUAUGA